CAGGUAAUUAGUUCAAUGCGCGUUUCUCUUUUCCUUUCAGCAUGCCCAAUGCCUGUCAACUCGUUUCAAUGGCCAACGCUGCUUGCGCAAUCAAUACCCUGUCCUCAUUCCUAUCACAUGAGGAGAUCGAAGAUGUGGACGGUCUCAACCAGUUCUUCCGUUCUCUCACGGACCCUGCUGCCCCGAGCAGCCUAGAACAGCACCAAGCGACCGAUGCUAUCGUCUUUUGUGCCUCUUCAGUCCUGUCACUUGCGGAUGUGGUUUUCUCGGCUGUGAAUACGAAUGGGUUAGAGUCAAAAGAACAAAUUUCCAAAGAGGGAAGAAACACAGUUCUGGUCUUGUGUGGUGGCAUCGGUCACUCGACGCCUUUUCUAUACGAAGCGAUCAAGAGACAUCCGGUCUACAAUGUGCUUGCCGAUGAAGUGCAAGGAAAGGCCGAAUCGCGUGUACUGCAGCUCAUAGCUGAGCGCUGGUACGGAAUCCAGAUCCAUGACGUCGGAACUGUGGAAGCGACAAUUCAGCCAGAUGACACGAACAAACUCUUGGUUGUAGUCGAAGACCGUUCUACAAAUUGUGGAGGGAAUGCAGCCGAGUCAAAACGAGUCCUCGAGGCCUGUGGGGUCUGCUCACCGAGGUCCAUUGUCAUUGUGCAAGACCCAACGAUGUCAAGGCGAACGGUAGCCACCUUCCAAAGGGCAUAUGAGGAACAAUGUACUGCGUUGCCCCAAAUAAAGAGUUGGCCCACAUUCACCCCCCAAGUAAAAUUCAUUGACACAUCGCAGGGCAACGUUGAUGAGGACGUCAUGGCUCAGCUUGUGUUUGAUAACAAGGAGUGCGCCCAGAAGACAAUCGGUGGCAUGUGGAGCAUAGGCCGAUUUGUUGAUUUACUCAUGGGAGAGAUUCCUCGCCUCAGGGAUGACGAAGAGGGCUAUGGGCCAAGGGGGAAUGAUUUUAUAAUUCAUGUGGCUAUUCCGGAGAGCGUCGAUGUUGCCUGGGCAAUGCUUUACAGCCUUGUCGGGAAACAGAGCAGGAGCUGAUGGAACGGACAUGCUUAACGGUAAUAAAAGUCCUUAGACCUUGGUCGGCAAUAAUCAUGCUGCAUUUGCAUGAGAUACUGGACGCCGAAGUAGAGCCACUGGAUCACGUACAUACUCGGCUUUCGUGAUAGGCAGAACACAUUUCAAGACCAGAAAGUCCUACAAGUCUUACAAGCUGUCGACUAGACAACUUGAAGAACUCACGAGACCGUUUGAGAGCGGGUUAGCUCUGAAUCCUGGCGGGUAUUCCUGCGUCGCUAGGAGUUGUCUCCGUACAAUCUCUACUCAACACUUCCCAGAGUAAAACAGUCCCAAAACAGGAUAACUAUUGUGUAAUAUCCCUUUGACAACUACCAAGCUCUGCACAAAUGUCUCGCACGUGAGGUUUAACCAAGAUUCGGGGG